AUGCCCGUAUCAACGCCGUUACUAUGGGCACGAGCUCCGCCUCAGCGAAAGCUCUGGCGUCCGAAAUCCACGCUUGCCAUUCCUUUGCACAGAUCUACAGAGCCGGAACAGCCAAGUAUAGUCCUCCGUGAUUACCAGGAAGAAUGUAUACAGUCGGUUUUGAGAUAUGUGGAUGAGGGGCAUAAGCGGUUGGGGAUAUCUCUUGCGACGGGUGCUGGGAAGACGGUCAUCUUCACACAACUGAUCGGCCGAAUCCCCCCUCGCAACGAAUAUGGCGACAAAACCCUCGUCAUCGUCCACCGUCGCGAACUCGUCGAACAAGCAGCCCACCACUGCCGCCUCGCAUACCCCGACAAGACCGUCGAAGUCGAAAUGGGAAACAGUCAUUACAAAGGCCACGCAGAUAUAUGUGUAGCUUCAAUCCGAAGUCUGAUGUCUGGGGAUCGUAUAGAGAAGUUCUUCCCGGGCCGAUUCAAGCUCAUACUUGUCGACGAGGCACAUCAUAUCGUUGCGAAGUCGUACCGCGAGGUGCUGGGAUAUUUUGGUCUUAAUGAGCCGACGGAGGAUUCGCCUGUGCUGGUUGGUGUGUCUGCGACGUUUUCAAGACCGGAUGGGUUGAAGUUGGGGGCUGCGAUUGAUCAUAUCGUUUAUCAUAAGGAUUAUAUGGAUAUGAUUGAUGAGCGGUGGCUUGCCAAUGCGGUUUUCACGACUGUUCGGUCUGACGCGAAUCUGUCGAGGGUUAAAAGGGACAAGUCGGGGGAUUUCCAGCUCGGGUCGCUUUCUCAAGCAGUUAAUACGGAUAGCACGAAUAACAUCACUGUUCGUGCGUGGUUGGCCAACGCGCAUGACCGAAAGUCGACACUCGUGUUCUGCGUGGACAUAGAUCAUACGAAGACGUUAACCGAAACGUUUCGCCAAUAUGGCAUCGACGCGCGAUAUAUCACCUCCGGAACCUCGAAAGAAGUCCGGGCAGAACAACUCCGAGCAUUUAGAAACCAAGAAUAUCCCGUCCUAGUGAACUGCGGCCUCUUCACAGAAGGCACAGACAUCCCCAACAUCGACUGCGUGUUACUAGCAAGACCAACCCGAUCCAGAAACCUCUUAAUCCAGAUGAUAGGCCGCGGCCUACGUCUCUUUCCAGGGAAAGAAAACUGCCAUAUAAUCGACAUGGUCGCCACUCUCGAAACAGGCGUCCUCUCCACCCCAACCCUCUUCGGCCUACACCCAGACGAAGUCCUCGAAAAGUCCACUGUAAAACAACUCCGCGAAACCAAAGAAGAGCAACUCGCACGCAUCGACCGCGAAGCGCGAGAAGAAGAACGACGCGAAAACGAUACUCAAUCCCCCCUCGGGGGCGAAAAAGAAACUUCCCUAAACGAAGACAUCAACAUCAAAUUCACCCGCUACGACAGCAUCACAGAUCUUCUCGGCGACAUGCGCAGCGAUAAACACAUCCGCUCUCUGUCGCAGCACGCCUGGGUCCGCGCCGGCGACGACCGCUACGUCCUCUCAGGCUUAAAUGGCUGGGUAACUAUCGAAAAGGGAAAUCCCGAUACCCAUGCCGAAGGUAGACCAAAAUCACGACAUACAAAGACCACUCCCUCAAUUCCCGAAUCAGACGAGUUAUACACAGUCCACCACGUAACCAAAUUCCAAGGCGCCGCCGGCGAACACCACUACUCGCGCCCCCGCCUUAUCGCCCAAGCACCCAAUCUCGAAUACGCCGUCGACUCAGCCGAUACCUUCGCCGCAUCUACAUUCCCAAAACGCUAUAUCUCCGCGCGCCAGCCGUGGCGCAAUGCACCCGCUACACCAUCUCAACUUGACAUGCUCAACCGCGCGAAUCUGAAGAGCGGAAGACGGUUGCAAUCGGAGCAUAUGACGCGCGGGCAGGCGACAGAUAUGAUCACCAAGUUGAAGUUUGGGGGGAAGAAGAGGUUCAAUGCGAUGAUGAAGCAAAGGUUGAAGAACGAAGAGAAGGUGAAGGAAGUUAGGGAGAUGAGGAGGACGGGGAUGGGGGUUGGGGAUGUUAGAGUUGGACCGGUCGUUACUUGA